UAUAUAUAUCGUACGGGAAAAUCAAUGAACCUAAAUUCCUUUCAUUGCGUAUAUGAGAUAUAUACCGUGAUACUUGUUGAAUAUCCACAACGUUUGCACAUACAGUAUUAUUUGUAAAAUAUCUUAAACAUGGAUCAAAUAAGAGAAUUACCUCAAACACAUCAUUCUUUGGAUGGUUUUAUUCCUCUUCUGAGUCUGACUGAAGCGCUUGGUGCGCUUCUUGUAAUUCUGGUACUUGUAUGGACAACUUAUUUUAGAAAUGGCUUCUCCUGGAGAUCUAAUCCAACACUUGAAUUUAAUUGGCAUCCUUUAUUAAUGACUAUAGGUCUUGUGUUCCUGUAUGCCAAUGCAAUGCUUAUUUAUAGGACACAACGGAAUCUACGCAAGAGACGAUUGAAACUGAUUCAUGCAGGAAAAAUGAUUCUUAUUAUGUUGGUAACUGUAAUUGCUCUAGUAGCAGUUUUUGACAGCCAUAAUCUAGCUUCUCCUCCUAUUCCGAAUAUGUAUUCUUUACAUAGCUGGAUAGGUCUAACGACCGUAAUAUUAUUCUGUUGUCAGUGGGUUGCUGGAUGUGUCUCUUUCCUUUUUCCUGGACUACAUGCCUCAUUACGAGCUGCUUAUAUGCCAAUUCACAUGUAUUUUGGCGUUGCAGGCUUUGUUGGUGCAAUUGCAUCAUGUUUAUUGGGUCUCAAUGAAAAAGCAAUUUUCGUUUUGAAAGAUAAAUAUUCAUCCUUUGAUGGAGAAGGAGUGCUGAUAAAUAUUAUAGGAUUGCUAUUCAUAUCAUUCGGAGGUCUGUCAGUAUAUUUGGUAACGCAAGUUCGUUACAGACGUUUACCAAUGCCUGAAGAUGAGGUUUUAUUAUCUGGAACUGGAUAGUGCAUUAAACUCA